GUGAACUCCGUCUGUAGGCACACUCACAGCUGAAUGAAGUUCCCUCCAUUAAGGGUUAAGGGUAUAAAUACAGCGGCAAGCUUUGGGACGGCCUCCCCUCUCUCCGCAGGAAACGGAAACGGACGUCAUGGUGUCCAACUCACAUCUCCAUCUGUCGGCUGCAUUGACCUGCGUUGCUAUCCGUCGCCUGUUAGCGGGUGCAAUGGCAAGAUCCAACAGAAGGCGCAGAAGGUUGAGGCGCAUUUUAGCGAUGUGCCAGUGGCAGGGGGGCAAAGGUCUUUACAUGCAGCUCAAUGCCACUGCCCCAAUUCUCGCCGUGUAUGCCAACCCUGAAGCCUGUCUAAAGAAGGACUUUAGAGUUAAGCGAUCUAGUGUGGUGUAUUUAGUGCAGAUGCUUUCCUCCCCAAAGGACCACGGAUGGGGACAAGACAUUGAGGUGCUUGUUCUCCUCUACAGCUUGGCCCAUGGACUAUCACUCUCUGUGGUGGGUUCAGCAUUCGGGAUUCCCAAAUCGACGGUCCACAGGAUCAUCAAACACGUCACCGGGAAGAUAAAGGCCAACCUGAAGACCCUCAUUUCCCUGCCAACCCCAGAUGAGCUGCCAGAGAUUGCAGAUGGCUUCUGUCAGCUUGCAAAGAGUCCUGCAUUUCACCGUGCUGCUGGUGCGAUUGAUGGAUGCCAUAUUCGCAUCAAACCUCCAGGAAACGAGUACCACAAGGAGUACAUCAAUUACAAGCUGUUUCCUUCCAUCCAGAUGCAGGCCAUCUGUGACUCAACUGGGAGAUUCCUGGAUGUCUUCAUCGGCUAUCCAGGCUCCGUUCAUGAUGCCAGAGUACUGCGAAACAGCCCCAUCUUCUGCCAGGCACUGUUUCCCCCAGCUGGUUGGUUCCUCCUUGGGGACGGUGGUUAUCCCUGCCUGGAAAAACCAGUGGGAUUACUCACACCCUACAAGGUCCCUCGCGGCCAGGUGCAGGCCAGAUUCAACAGGCAUCAUGCCAGGGCUCGGUCUGUGGUGGAAAGAGCAUUUGGAAGGAUGAAGGCUCGCUGGAGGGCCACCCUUUUCAAAGCGCUGGAGGUCAGUCCAAGCUUUGCCCCUGACAUCAUUGCAUGUUGUGCAUUUCUGCACAAUCUGUGCAUAGACAUGAACGAUGUCCUUGAGGAUGCUGAAGCCUUCCCCCCUGAAGAUGGGGACCAGAGUCCUCCCCCUGCCGCAGCAUGUGGACAGGAAAGUCCUGGACACCACCUAAGGAACAGGAUUGCUGCACAACUCUCUGCUCCUGUCCAAAUGGCACCACACCUGAGAGAGCACGAUUACAUCUAAUGAACUUUG